CGCUUCGUGUACAAGCUCCUCUUGUAAUGCUCGCUCGUGGCGUCAAGACUCUGGGUCGCAUGACGUCUUCACGUGCUGCCGCCUUCUCCACAGGCGCCGAUAUCUCAUUCGCCAACCUCAAGGUCGAGCGUACCUCGACCCCCAAGUCGAAGCUGCCCAAAGAGCAGCUCAAAUUUGGCAAGACGUUCACAGACCACAUGCUCGAAGUGGACUGGGAACUGGGCAAAGGAUGGGGCAACCCGGUGAUUCACCCGUACGGCCCCAUGGCGUUGGACCCUGCCAGCGCUGUGCUGCACUACGCGCUCGAGUGCUUCGAAGGCAUGAAGGCGUACGUUGACGCCGAUGGCCACAUCCGUCUCUUCCGUCCGGACAUGAACAUGAAGCGUCUCAACAACUCGAUGAAGCGUUUGUUGCUCCCGGAAUUUGACGGUGAUGAGUUCACUAAAUGUCUGGAAGAGCUCAUCCGUCUGGACAAGGAAUGGGUCCCCAAGGGCGAGGGGUACUCGUUGUACAUCCGUCCCACGGGUAUCAGUACGCAGGCUUCCAUCGGUGUGGGCGCCAGUGAGAAGGCCAAGCUCUUCAUCAUCCUUUCGCCUGUGGGUCCGUACUACCCCGAGGGCUUCAACCCCGUGAAGCUCUGCGCCAACGACCGCUACAUCCGUGCGUGGCCUGGUGGCACCGGCGGCUUCAAGGUCGGAGCGAACUACGCGCCGGGUAUCCUGCCGCAGUACGACGCCCAGGAGCAGGGCUACUCGCAGAACCUGUGGAUCUUCGGCCCCGACCACGACAUCACUGAAGUGGGCACCAUGAACCUGUUUAUCCACUGGAUCAACGAGCAGGGAGAGAAGGAGCUCAUCACGCCCCCGCUCACUCGUGGCGACAUUCUGCCAGGCAUCACGCGCGACUCGAUCCUGCACCUCACACGCGAGUGGAACGAGUUCAAGGUCACGGAGGGCAACAUCAACAUGAAGCAGCUGCAGAAGGCCAACAAGGAAGGACGCAUCCUCGAGAUCUUCGGCUCCGGCACGGCUGCUGUGGUGUCCCCCGUGUCCACCAUCAACUACAUGAACGAGGAUCUGGCCAUCCCGUUGGACGGCACGGACGGCAAGGCCGGCAAGCUGGCCGAACGCGUGUGGAAGGAGCUGUCCGACAUCCAGUACGGCCGUCGCGAGCACCCGUGGUCGAUCGUGGUGGACUAAAGCGUAGGAGAGCACACGAGCAAGACCCGAGACAUUUGAUAGGAUUGUCGAGAUAUUGCGAACGGAGAACCGUUGCGAGAGUAAGUAUCAAUGCGAUUUUUCGUGCUUGCAUA